GCUGCGGACGCUCUCGUAGACCCCAGGGCCACGAAGGACGACGCUGACGCGGGCGCCCGACCUGGUGCUCGGCUAGGCUCCAGUUGGUUCGCUCUGCGUCCGCGUGUUCUGUGCCGCUAGGCGGAGCGGUGGCCUGGAGACUUACCCAUUCUAGUCCCAGAGCCUGGAAUGUGUCGCCUCACGUGGCAGAGGGGUCCUUGUCAAGGCCCCUGAGGCGGGGGUGACUCGGGGGGCCCCGGGGGCCCGGCGUCGUGGGGAAGGCAGAGAGCCGGGCGGACCCCGCGCUGCUGACCGUGAGGAUGAGGAGGGCCCCGCGGGCCCAGGAUGCGGCGCCUCUGGAAGCUGGAAAAGUCGCCUUCCCAGUGUGUAGGAGCCAUGGAGCCCACCGCUGGUGACUUACAGCUUGUGCCUGGGACAGCAAAGGAAGUCCCAGCUCCCUACACCUCGUGCUGCCGCAUGGCCCUCUGCGUUGUUGUGGCCACCAGCAUCAUCAUGGUCACCCUGGGAGUCCUCAUGGCCUCCCUCUCUACACAGGGUGUCGACGUGGAGCACACGGCAGAGCUGCAAGGGGUCCGCUACGCCCACAGCUUGCAGCACGAGGCCUCAGACUACUACCGCACCCUGACGCCCGCUCUGGAAUGGCUGUUUGUGAGCAGCUUUCGGGAGACCGAGUUGGAGGCCAGCUGUGUGGGCUGCACCGUGCUAAGUUACAGGGAUGGGAAUUCCAGCGUCUUCGUGCAUUUCCGGCUGCACUUCCUGCUGCAAGCCUCGCAGUCACUGAGUCUGGGCCUGGAGGAGGAGCUGUUGCGGCAGGGACUCCGAGCGAGGCUGCAGGGGCACGGUAUCCCCCUGGCUGCCCACGGCACCAUUGUGUCCGCCCAGCUCACAGGAAGCCAGAAAGCGCCAUGGACAGAAAGAGAUUUAAAAUCAGGUCACUGCCCAGGGAACACCUUUUCCUGCCGCAAUGGCCAGUGUGUGACCAAAGUGAACCCGGAGUGUGACGACAGAGUGGACUGCCCCGACGGAUCUGAUGAGGCCCACUGUGACUGUGGUCUACAGCCCGGCUGGAAGACAGCUGGCCGGAUCGUGGGUGGCGUGGAAGCGUCCCCGGGAGAGUUCCCGUGGCAAGUCAGCCUUCGAGAAAACAAGGAACACUUCUGUGGGGCUGCUGUCAUCGGGGCCAGGUGGCUGGUGUCCGCGGCCCACUGCUUCAACGGAUUCCAAGACCCGGCGGAGUGGGUGGCCUACGCAGGCACGACCCACCUCAGUGGCGCAGAGGCCAGCACGGUGCGGGUGCGCGUGGCCCGCAUCACCCCGCACCCCCUGUACAACCCGGACACAGCCGACUUCGACGUGGCGGUGCUGGAGCUGGACGGCCCGCUGGCCUUCGGCAGGCACGUCCAGCCCGUGUGCCUGCCUGCCGCCACGCACGUCUUCCCGCCGCGGAGGAAGUGCCUCAUCUCCGGCUGGGGCUACCUCAAGGAGGACUUCCUGGUCAAGCCAGAAACGCUGCAGAAAGCCACAGUGGAGCUGCUGGACCAGGGCCUGUGUGCCAGCCUGUACGGCCACUCGCUCACCGACAGGAUGCUGUGUGCCGGCUACCUGGACGGGAAGGUGGAUUCCUGCCAGGGCGACUCGGGAGGCCCCCUAGUCUGCGAGGAGCCCUCUGGCAGGUUCUUCCUGGCCGGCAUCGUGAGCUGGGGAAUAGGUUGUGCGGAAGCCCGACGCCCCGGCGUCUAUGCCCGAGUGACCAGGCUGCGUGACUGGAUCCUGGAGGCCAUCACCACGGCAGGCCGGCCUCUGGCCCCCACGGCGGCUCCCGCCUCCACCACCGCCAGCACUGCCCGGCCCACCAGUCCUGAGAGCCCCACCAGGCCCACUCUGGGCCUCAGCGCCGCGCCUCCCGACUCAGUCACCGCCUCUAAGCCACAAGAGUGCGGGGCCAGGCCCGCCAUGGAGAAGCCCACUCGGAUCGUGGGCGGGCUGGGAGCCGUGUCCGGGGAAGUGCCCUGGCAGGUCAGCCUGAAGGAAGGUUCCCGGCACUUCUGUGGCGCCACCGUGGUGGGGGACCGCUGGCUGCUGUCGGCCGCCCACUGCUUCAACCACACGAAGGUGGAGCUGGUGCGGGCCCACCUGGGCACCGCGUCCCUCACGGGCGUCGGCGGAAACCCAGUGAAGAUGGGGCUCAAGCGGGCGGUGCUGCACCCCCAGUACAACCCCGGCAUCCUGGACUUCGAUGUGGCCGUGCUGGAGCUGGCCGGGCCCCUGGGCUUCAACAAGUACAUCCAGCCUGUCUGCCUGCCCCUGGCUAUCCAGAAGUUCCCCGUGGGCCGGAAGUGCAUGAUCUCCGGCUGGGGUAACACACAGGAGGGAAACGCCACCAAGCCCGACAUUCUGCAGAGAGCGUCUGUGGGCAUCAUAGACCAGAAGGCGUGCAGCGCACUCUACAACUCCUCCCUCACGGACAGGAUGCUCUGCGCCGGCUUCCUGGAGGGCAAAGUGGACUCCUGCCAGGGCGACUCCGGGGGACCCCUGGCCUGCGAGGAGGCCCCCGGUGUGUUUUACCUGGCGGGGAUUGUGAGCUGGGGGGUCGGCUGCGCUCAGGCCCGGAGACCUGGCGUGUACGCUCGAAUCACCAGGCUGAAGGGCUGGAUCCUGGACACCAUGUCCUCCGGCCUCCUCCCCACCGCGAGGACCCCCGCCACCAGGCAGUCCUCUGGGACGGCAGCUGCCUUCACAGUCCCGGGAGUCCCGGCCAGCACAGCCACCCCCUCGGCCACCAGCAGGGCAACCAGCCAGCCCGCCAACAUGACUGCAGCCACCGUGAGCGCCACUGCUGGGGGACAGACACCCCUCCCAGACGCCCCGAGGACCACCGUGGGCUUCCAGCCACCAGACUGUGGCCUGGCACCGGUGGCAGCGAUGACCAGGAUCGUGGGCGGCAGCGCCGCGGCCCGCGGGGAGUGGCCGUGGCAGGUGAGCCUGUGGCUGCGGCGCCGGGAGCACCGCUGCGGGGCCGUCCUGGUGGCCGAGAGGUGGCUGCUGUCGGCGGCGCACUGCUUCGAUGUCUACGGGGACCCCAAGCAGUGGGCGGCCUUCCUGGGCACGCCGUUCCUGAGUGGCGCCGAGGGGCAGCUGGAGCGGGUGGCGCGCAUCUACAAACACCCCUUCUACAACCUCUACACGCUCGACUACGACGUGGCGCUGCUCGAGCUGGCGGGGCCCGUGCGCCGCGGCCGCCUGGUGCGGCCCAUCUGCCUGCCCGAGCCCACGCCGCGGCCCCCCGACGGCGCGCGCUGCGUCAUCACCGGCUGGGGCUCGGUGCGCGAGGGAGGCUCGAUGGCGCGGCAGCUGCAGAAGGCGGCCGUGCGCCUCCUCAGCGAGCAGACGUGCCGCCGCUUCUACCCGGUGCAGAUCAGCAGUCGCAUGCUGUGCGCCGGCUUCCCGCAGGGCGGCGUGGACAGCUGUUCGGUGAGCGCACUCUGCAGCGGAAGCGGGCGCUUCUCGGGACCCAGGUCCCACGCGCAGAGGGCAAGGGGGGCGUGGCGGGGCGAAGUCGUCACCGCUGCAAGACCCUCCGGCGCCGCCCUCUCAAGCCCACCAAGCAGGGCACCUUUUCUGACCCUGGAGGAAUUUUCACUCGACCACCGUUUAUUGGGCAACCAUUAUGAGCCGGUUCCGGCGCCUCGGCAUCCCCCGCCCCCCUCCCCGGCCCGGCAGCGGCGGGAUGGGGACGUGGGCUGGGCAGUGACUGCCGCGUGA